UAAAAAAAUUUGGUACAAAAUAAUAAUGAUGAUAUUAAAAAAGAAUCAAAAUAUUGAAAAGUAAACAAAUCUAAGGAAUAAUUAAAAAAAAAAAAAAAAAAUAGUUAUGCAUUAUGAUCAAGUAGAACUAGAACUAAUGACCUCCUGUAACAAUGGAUUAUAAAGAUGAUGCUAUUUAUACUUAUUGGGUACAAUACACAACUAAGAACAAUGAAUCUUCUUUUAGAAUGUUUAUACGUGGAUUUGUAUCUAUUUGGGAACAAAAAUUAGAUCUCAAAUGGGCAAACACAGAUAUUUGUUUGCCAUCAGUGAUAAAUCCAGAUGAAGGUCCUUCUUUAUCUCGGUUACCAGAUGAAUUAUUACCAGCAAUAGCUAAAUUUUUGUACAUAGCUAAAGAUAAUGCAGAAAAAAGUGAAUUUUCUAAAGAAAAAAUUGGCGAAGCAGAAUAUUUACUUCGUAGCUUGAUAGUAAUAAGUAAAAAUUUUUACAACAUUCCAUUAUUAUCAUCAUGUGAUUAUGUCAAAGAAAGCACAUCAGUAGCUAUAAAUAUUAUUCAUAAACUUACUUCUGAAAGUAAUCAAUAUGACGAAUCAACUGCAUUUUCACUGGUAUCAUUUUGUCAUACUUUGUGUCAUUUUUUGGAAUGUCUUUAUGAUCCAUACCAGGUAUGGCGAUGCUUUGAUUCUUCUCAAAUGAAUAAAUUGGAUAUAUCCAAACUUCAGUAUUCUCCUUCAAUGUUACAUGUAGAAGUUGUUCCAUUUAUUUUUGAUUGCUUUGAAACAAAUGUUGCUAUUAAGUAUCCAUUAUUAGCCGCUGAUGUAUUAAAUAUAUUUGGAGCCAUUGUGUGUGGAUCUCAGCAUAAUGCUCUACGUGGCGUUAGUCCUCCAACUUGUUCAUUAAUAAUGAAAGUAAUUUCUGGUAAAAGUAUUCCUUUAAUUGUAAAAACAACAGCUCUUAGAUGUUUUGUAACAGUUACUCAAGUUAUGAUACAAUUUCCUCCUCACCAAUGCCAAUUAGAUGUUUCUACCCAGAUUGAAUGUUUAAGGGAUACAUUAAAAGAAUGUACAACUGAAGAAAUCAAUAUCCCACUUGUAUUAAGUAUAAUUAAAGCUAUUGGUCAAUCAAUUGAAUUAUCUGGAGUGAAUGCUGAAAAAAUUCAAAAAUAUGUUGUUGAAUGUAAACUUUUAGAAAUUAUUUUAAAUAUAAUUUGUAAUUUGGAGGUAGCUAUUAAAGUAGAUGAUGUUGUAAAAUGUGUUGAAACAGUUUCUUCAAUACUGCGUAUGUCAAAUGAAGCCAAAUUACAAAUGUUGAUAAUUAAUGGUUAUGAGAAAAUAUUUGAAUUUGUUGAAAAGCAAAAAAAUAAAAGCCAAAAAUUACUGAAAGCUAUUAUUUCUAUUGCCACAGAAAACACUGACAAAACAUUGGAUCAAAAUUUGGAAAAUCCACAAAUAAUAGUUCUUUUAAUUGAAUGGUUACCCAGUAUUGAAGAAGUUGAUCAAGUUUGGUUGGCUAGUGUUAUAUUUAACUUAUGUACCACUAAUCUUCAAAGUAUUUGUCAUUCAUCAAACUGCAAUAUUAUUGAAUCUGUUUGUAAGUGCUUAGAAAAUAGUAAUCAAUUAGUACCAAAAACUGUUCAUCAACUUCUUAAACUUAUUGAAAAUUUAGCAUCUCAUUCAAUUUCAACAACUGAAUUAAAAAAAAUAUUUUUACUUUUGAGAGACAAAGAAGAACUAUUUCCAUAUACUACCCAAAUUCUUUCAACAUUGUCAGAAGUGGCUUACAGUAUAAAUGUUUUUAACUGUAAAGUCUUUUUUGAUAUUCAAAAAGAUUAUGAAGGCUUAACAAUUAAUGAAUUAAAAAAAUGGCCGGGUCCUAUGAAUGGUUUGACUUUUCACUGUUGGUUACGUUUGGAUAAUGUUAGUUCUCAUUUAUGUUCAAGUACACAUGGUUUAGCUUCUUAUCGACGUCAAUUACUACACUUAGCAACAAAUACAAAUAGUGGAAUGGAAAUUUUUGUUGGAUCAGAUUGGACUCUAAUUGUUGGAAUAAAUACAAAGAAAGAGUUUUUAACAAUUACUGCUCGAGAUUUUAGAUUUGUAGAAAAUCGUUGGUAUUGUAUUGAUGUUUGUUAUAGUCCUCCAAAAAGACCAUUUGGUCACAAUCAAGUGUCAAUCUAUAUUGAUGGUAUGCAAAAUAUAUGUGCACCUGCCAAAUUUACUCCUUUAACAGAACAGUUUAACCAGUGUUCAAUUGGAACAUUUUUACCUCAAUUACCCAAAACCAUUGAAUUUCCUCAGCAGAAUGAACGAGGCAUACUACCAUCAUUUAUAACACAAGUACCUAAUUAUUUAUUAAUGAGAAGUACUAGUGCUAUGGAUCCUUAUAUUAAGGAUUUCCCCCCUGGCAUGCAGGACUCUCUUUAUGGGCGUGCAAUGUGUUUAAAGGGUCAACUUGGACCAAUUUGUUUAUUUCCUGAGUAUUUAUCAAGUCACCAAGUUAAAGUAUUUUACGAAUUAGGUCCUAAUUAUACAUCGCUUAACACAAUGGAUGAUUCUACUUCAGAUGUCAUAGGAAUGUUUAAUAAAUCUGUAUUCUACUAUAGUCCAACUGCAGCUUCAUCAAGAGAAGUAGCUUUAGAUCUAAGUCAAAAGAAUAAAGUAAAUGCACACCUUACAUCUUCUGUCUACAAGUGUUCAUCUAUACAAGAUGUUAUUAACAUGAUUGGUGGACUUUAUGUUUUGUUUCCAGUACUUGAGAGUAACAUUUUAAAUGAAAGUGAUUUUGGUUUGUUAUCACUUGAUCAAAGUAAUAUGGAACUAUCAGUUGAUAUAGAAGACUUCUCAUCACUUCGAUCAUUUUCAUUAGAUGAUACAUUGGAACUUCAUCCUAUUGGUCUUUUAUUAAUUUUGAUGAAAAACUUGAUGAAAGGCAACAUUGUUGGACAAGAACAGCUAUUAAGAAAGAAUGGGAUUCCAAUUUUAGGAGAAUUGCUCACAAAUGUUCCUCCGGACAAAAUUGACUUACAAAUGCUGGAAGCAUUGCAAUUAUUUAUGGAAACUCUUCAAGAUAUUUCUAAUGUUCAACUUCUGAGAGCUUUUUUUCAACAUGUUUUAUUUAACUUUGCAAUUUGGUCUAGAUGUUCCUUUCAAAUACAAAUUGGUGCUGUAAAAAUAAUAUAUUUAUUAAUAAAAAACGAUCGUAAAUCAUUUCGAAAACGUUUUGGGAUUCAGUUUUUUUUAGAUUCAAUAAGAAUAUACUAUACAACAUGUGAUGUUUUAUCUACUAAACAUACUACAGUACUACGAUCUUCUUUAUUGGAUAUUAUCAGGUUUUAUAUCCAAAAAGAAGUUACAAUAUCUGAUGUUGAUAUAAUUAUUCGUUAUUUAAUAACUUGCAAAUCAGAAACUAUGAUUGUAGAACUUUUGGAUGUUUUAAUAAAAUAUUUGGAUUCAGAUUUAUGCAAAGACCAGUUAUAUUUAAUUAUGUAUGAGCCUCAAAUCGCUGAAUUAUUAUACAGUCUUCUCAUUGAAAAAUCAAUUAGUAUGUUGGCUAAAAAACAUGUUUUAAAGUUAUUUUCUGUGUUACUUAAUACAAAGCAUGUUUAUGAACGUCAUAAAUGUAAUUUAAGAUUACAAAACUCAGGUUAUGGAUUAUACCCGGGUCUCAUAUCUCUUUUACCUGAAUUUCAAAAUUUGUCAAUGGAACUAAUAAUGAUGAUGUUAGAUCAAAUACUAAUGACUGAUUCACUUAGUACCUAUACAUCAAUUCUUUCUGUUCUUCAUCGACUUGCAUAUGAAGAUAUUGAUGUUAAACUUGAAGCAGCUAGAAAAAUAUUGACUAUCAUUUAUAUGAAUCCAAAAGCUGCUAAAGCUAUUGCUAAACAAGCAGGUUGGCAAGAUUGUGUAACUCGAUUAUUAGUUCAUAGAUUGGCUGAAGGGAAAUCCACUCAUCAUCAUGAUUUAAUGAGUUUUGAUGAUCAUGAUAAUCCCAAAAUGUAUAAGAAAAUAAAAAAAUGUAGAUCGUAUCCUAAUGUUUUAAAAACCAAAAAUUUAUCAUUAAGAAGAUGUAAUUCAAUGUUUGAAUUAAAAAGAGAAUUAUAUAGUGAUAAAAGUGAAAGAAGUUUAAUACCCACUGUUUAUAGUUUAGCUUAUGCUGCUAAUUUAAUUGAAAAUGAAAUAAAAGGUGUUGCUGGAUCAGUUUCAGCUGUAGUAGUAGAUAAUUUUCAGUAUGCUACAGAAAACUUAAGUUCAGCUGUUAAUACUGUUGGUUUAGUAGUCAGUGACAAUAUUCAAACAGCCUCUGACAAUUUAGCCUUUGCAAUGAAUUCUGUCAGUGGUAAUAUUCAUUCAGCUACUAGCAAUCUAUCUUCUGCUGUUACAUCUGCAUAUUCUAUACUUAAACAAAAAACAACUGAAAUUCAAGAAAUUGGGGAAAAUGCUAAAGAACGACUAAAAAAGUAUGCUAUGUAUUCACCACCAUCUGAUAGAAAUAUAAUUUAUGAAGAUAAAGUUCAGCUAAUGACUAAACAAUUACUAGUUGAACUGGGUCUUGAAGCAGAUACCUAUAGCAUUAGCAACAGAUCAAUGUCUAGUAGUCUAGAAGAUAUUUCAUCUAUAAAAUCAUCAAUAGCGCUUGAUAAUAAUUCAAUAAGUUCAGGAAUAGCUAUGUCAGAUAAUGUAUUAACUGUUUUUGAAGACAUUGAUAACAAAGUACAAGAUGAUUUUGAUAAUGUUAGUCCAUGGCAAGAGUUAACAAAUAAUAAGUCAGAUAACAAAGAAAAAGAUUUGUGCUCAUUUGUUGAAAAUAUUCUUUUUGUUGUGAUGUGGCGUGGUGUUAAUAUUCAUAAUAAUAAUUGUUGGAAAGAACGAGGACAAGUUAUGGCUUGUAUUAAUAUGAUAAGUUUAAAUAAUAUGUUGUAUUGUUCGCAUUUGGAACUGAAACUUCAUAUUUUAGAAAAAGCUGUUGAAGCUGUUUUAAGCGAUUUUUAUGAUUCUGGAUCUACUCUUGAAUGUGACCAUGCCAAAACUGAAAAUAUAAGUCAAUUAUUUGGAUUAGUGUAUGAUUUAGUAGUUUUAGAUCCAAGUCCAAAUUUUGAUAAAAAGUGCUCUGUAAAAUUACUGGACGGAUGUAUAAAGUUAAUAGAAUCAUUGGCUGUAUUUAGUGAUGAUCAAGAACAAAAUAGCAAAGAUAUAGUUAUGAAAGUUUAUGGUAUCUUGUUAAGUUGUUCAUCGAGUAGUAAUAUGGAUAUUUGUGCUAUGGCAACAGUGAAAUUGCACACUAUUUUACAGACAAAUAACAAAAGUGUUGUUGAAAUUGAAUGUUACUUGUUACGAUCAGUUAAUACAAUUUUACAAAAAUCAUUACUAGAUGAAAAUUUAGAGCGGUAUUCUUUUAUUUUACCUCUAAUAAAAACAUUGAUUACUAAGUUGUCAGAACCACUUAAUAUUUCAACUACUGAAUUACCUUAUUUGACAGAAGUUUUGUAUAGUGGUCAGUUUUAUGAUAGAUUUUUUACAUACUGCAAAACUAGUGAAUGGAUAACAUUUAUAGAAAAUAAGGUUUCAGAGCUUUGCAAAGAAUACAGAAGAUCAAUGAAUACAGAAAUUACUGAAUCUAUGAACACUUUUUGGGCAGAGUGUUAUGAAUCGUACAAAUAUGCAUUGGACGUCAGAAACCGACUUGUAGCUGAUAGCCGUAAAGCGUUUCAGAAUGCAAUUGUAGAACCAUACAAAAUUAAGAAGGAAGAAGAAGAAUCCAGAAUAUUUUUAAUCGAAAAUCAAAGAAAAGCACAGCGGUUAUUGGUUAAAGCGAAGUGGAAACAAAUAAAAGGAUAUCUUUGCGGCGAGAGAGGGCCAUGGAAAUCAAGGAGUAUUUCCGAAAAACAUUGGAUACUAUCGCAGCACGAAAAUUACUCAAGAAUGCGUCUAAAAUUAUGUCCCAAUUAUCAUUUUGACGAUCAUAAAAACGCCAGUAAUCUACGAGAUAAUGCUGGCAAUGCUGUUAAAUGCAUUAUGGAUUGUUCAGAAAUUCCACCUAGUAUGCCUCAAGCAGCGGUUCGUAGCUUAGUUGAAGAAGACGGUGAAAUGUUACCAGACGAAAAUAUUGCUUCGUAUAAAACUAAUUAUCCAGAAGACGACAAUGAACGAAAGGAGAAACACGUAUUGUCUGUCGAUUGUCAACUUGUGACAUUGAUGAGUGUUAUUAAAGGAAGAUUAGUCAUCACUACAACACACGCAUAUUUUUACGAUUUAACACCUAUCACGGAGGAUUGCGAUAGACAUGAUUUUAAGUGGUCCAUGACAAAAUUGAGGGACGUGUAUCUCAGGCGUUAUAAUUUGCGGCGAAGUGCUUUAGAGUUUUUUUUGAUGGAUCAGUCAAACUACUUUUUAAACUUCACUACUAAAAUUCGGUUGAAAGUAUUAACUGCUAUUUUUAGUAUUCAUCCUCCAAAUUUUUCAUUCAAUAGUAGUCGUCAUCCUCAAGAUUUACUCAAAAAAUCAAACAUGACUCAAAAGUGGGUUAAUAGAGAAAUAUCCAAUUUCGAAUAUUUGAUGCAAUUAAACACAAUAGCUGGUAGAACCUACAAUGAUCUUUCUCAGUAUCCAGUAUUCCCGUGGGUUUUAGCCGAUUACACAUCUGAAGAGUUGGAUUUGAACAAUCCAAAAACAUUUAGGGAUUUAUCAAGACCCGUAGGAGUUGUUAACCCCAAUAAUGAAGCUGAUGUUCAAGCGAAAUAUAGGAAUUUUGAAGAUCCGCACGGUGUAAUAGGCAAAUUUCACUAUGGAACUCACUAUUCAAAUUCUGCUGGUGUCCUUCAUUAUUUGGUUAGAGUAGAACCUUAUACAUCUCUACAUAUAGAACUUCAAAGUGGAAGGUUUGAUGUUGCCGACCGACAAUUCCAUUCAAUUGCUCAAACAUGGAAAUUAUUAAUGGAUACUCCUAAUGACGUCAAAGAAUUGAUACCAGAAUUUUUUUAUUUUCCAGAAUUCUUAAAAAAUAUGAACAAUUUUGAUCUUGGACGUUUACAGUCAUCAAAGGAAAGAAUAGGUGAUGUGAUUUUACCUCCUUGGGCGGACAGUCCAGAAGAUUUUAUUUAUAAACACAGAAAAGCUUUGGAAUCUGAGUAUGUAUCGAGCCAUUUACAUGAAUGGAUUGAUCUAAUUUUUGGCUAUAAACAAAAAGGUCAAGCAGCUGUUGACGCCAUGAAUGUUUUUUAUUAUUGCAGUUACGAAGGAGCCGUGGAUUUGGAUGCCAUUUCAGACCCAAUAGAAAGAGAAGCCCUUGAAGGAAUGAUUAACAAUUUUGGACAGACUCCAAGUCAACUUUUAAGAGAACCUCAUCCUUCAAGACUACCGCUAGAUAAAGCAUUAGAAAGAAUGAUGAAAUCUGAUAGCAAAAAGCCUGAUUUAACGAUGAUGUUAAAAGAAUUAUCUACAUUUUAUGUUGAAAUUACAGAUAGUAGAUAUCCAAUGGUAUUUUUAAGUCCGCCUCGUUCAGGACCCAAGGGAUUGUUACAAACAUUUAUGACCGACGAUACCCUUGUUACAGUGUGUGAAAAUACUCUCAUUGGUCGACACUCUUGGUUGCCGUAUGAUAAACACUCUAAUAAAGGAUUUACACUUGACGUGGAUCCGUCGCAUAUUUUACUUAAAAACAAAAAAGAUCCUAAUGCGUACCCUAUGCGAUCAUCCUCCUAUCAUCCGUCCAUUGAAAUAAACAGUCAUUUAUUUGCUGUAUCGCAUGAUGCAAAGUACUUAUUUACUGCUGGCCACUGGGAUUAUAGCGUAAAAACAUUUAGUUUUUCAAGAAAUAAAUACCUAUCUUCAGUUAUCAGACAUUUUGAUAUUGUUACAUGCAUAGCACUAGAUUCAUGUGGGUGGUAUAUGAUAAGUGGUUCUAGGGAUUGUACUUCAGUUGUCUGGGAUGUAUCAAAUACAAAUAAUGUCAACCCUAAACCUUUCCAAACAUUGCUAGGUCAUGAUUUACCAGUAACGUGCGUUGCUAUAGCCACCGAGUUAGAUAUGGCUGUUUCCGGAUCUGAAGAUGGGACAGUUAAUGUGUACAGUAUACACCAAGGACUUCUAGUUCAUUGUUUAAUUCCUUUAGGUUGUGUGUGCCCUCCGUCUACUAUAUCCUAUGUUACCAUUUCAUUUCAAGGCCAUAUCGCAUUUUCGGCUAAAGAUAAAGAAUGUCACUCAGUGCAUGUGUUUAGUUGUAACGGUGAUAAUUUGGGUUCUAAAUAUGUUGGCGCUCCAGUCACUGGAAUUACUACGAUUGGAGAUUGUUUAGUAGUUGUCGACGAUGCUGGCUAUUUAACCCUUAGCCGUCUUUUGGGUUUACAUCCAGUUUACGACGUUCCACUGGAUAUUCCAAUUCAAACAGUAGUCGCUACGCCGGGUAAUACCCAUUUGUUGGCUCCUCUGAGAGAUGGAAACAUAGCGGUCAUAGGACUACCAAAUUCAAAUAAUUGAUUCUAAAAGAAUCGAAGUUAUUGUUUUUUAUUCGUUUUGAAUUUUAACUAGUUAUCUUUUUAAUUUACCAUCAAAAUAUUGUUUAUAAAUUGUAACUGAUUGCCAAAUAUUAGUGUUAAUCCAUAUAUUGUAUUUAUAUUUUAUUGCUCAUCGAAUUAUUUACGUAAUCUCAACUUAAUUAGGUGCUAAAUUUAUCAUAUUUUCGUAUUAUUAAAACUUAACAUAAUAUCACUUAUUAAAUUCAUUUUCAUCGUUUUGCUCUAGCGGUUAUGGGUAUAUUUUAAGAACGGCAUAAGUACUAUAAUAGUUAUUAAUAAAUACUUAUAAUUAAUUUGUACUUUUAAUUAUUUGUUAUUGUAAUUUGAAUUUGUUCAACUUAAUUGUAAUUUGUAGCUGUAUUUUAAUUAUACUUAUAUUGACCAAUCAA